CUCACAUAUAACAUAUAGAAUUUUUCUAUUUAAGUAAUGAAGAUACAAUGAUUCACAUGUUCCGCAGAUCGAUCUUUCGGAAAGUGAUUAGUUCAUUGGUUGCUUCCUCCCCUGACCUCGCGCUGCCUGAUCGCAGUAUCUUAACGCACAAACUCCUGGCUGGCUGCCAUGGGUUUAACCAAACAGUACCUGCGCUACGCUGCCAGCGCCGUGUUCGGCGUGAUUGGAAGCCAGAAGGCCAACAUUGCCUAUGUCACCAUGAGGGGAGGGGAGAAAGGACGCUACGUCGCCGUGGCCGCCUGCGAACAUGUUUUCAUAUGGGAUGUGCGGAAAGCAGAAAAGGUCCUGAUUCUCCAGGGGAACAAAUAUGAAGUGACAUAUCUGUGCCCGUCCCCUGAUGGUGGACACCUUGCCGUGGGCUACGAAGAUGGCACUGUCCGCAUAUUCAACCUGCUGAGUGGCGAGAGUAGCAUCUCCUUUAGUGGCCACAAGUCUGCAGUGACAGCCAUAAAUUACGAUGGCCUUGGGGCAAGGCUGGUGACUGGGUCGAGGGACACAGACGUGAUUGUGUGGGAUGUGAUUAACGAGUGUGGCCUGUAUCGGCUGAAAGGCCACAAGGACGCCAUCACUCAGGUGCUGUUCCUGAAAGACAAGAAUCUGCUGGUCACCAGUUCAAAGGACACAUUUGUGAAAUGGUGGGAUCUGGAUACACAGCACUGCUUCAGGACCAUGGUCGGUCACCGCAGUGAGGUGUGGGGGUUGGUUCUGCUGAAUGGGGAGAAGCGGCUGCUCACGGGCUGCGCUGACAGCGAGCUGAGGGCCUGGGACAUCAGAUACCUGGAGCCGAGUCUGGAGCACGGGGAGCCAAAGGAGAAGAAGGUGAAAGGGCUACUAAGUGAGGCUGAGGAGAGAGAUGUAGGACCGGACGAGGAUCCUGUGGAGAGAAUCCUGACCUGCAAAAAGGCAGGCUCCAUUCUGAGAAAAGCCAGGGACAGGGUGGUUACCCUGGUAUCUGAUCCCAGAGCCAAAGUGCUGCUCUGCCACGGAACAGAUGCCAUGUUAGAAGUCUUCACUGUGUUGCCUGAAGAGGAGGUGCAGAGGAGGAUGGAGAAGAAGCUGAAGAAAGCAAAGAAAAAGGCCAGGGCCCAGGUGGGAACAGAUGAAGUUUUGGAGCCAGUGGUGGAGAGGCAACUCGGUGAUGAGAUUCUUAACUUGGCCACUAUUAAAGCUUCCUCCAAGAUCAGAUCAGCAGACUGCCUCCUGUCCCCCAGUGGAGAGAUGAAAGUGGCCCUGCUUCUGCAGAACAACACUGUGGAGACAUACAGCCUGAGCACGACAGAGAAGAGCCCCCAGGGCACCAAGACAGCACGGCUGACGCUGAGUGGGCACCGCACCGAUGCACGUACCCUGGCCUUCAGCUCGGACAACAUCGCUGUGCUGUCUGCCUCAGGGGACACAGCCAAAGUGUGGAACAGGUCCACUCUGCAGGUGAUCCGCACUAUGGCGUGUGAGUAUGCACUCUGCUCGACUUUCGUUCCUGGAGACCGACAGAUCAUCCUUGGAACCAAGAGCGGGAACAUCCAGAUAUUUGAACUGGCAUCAGGCAGCCUCUUAGAGACCACAAAUGCCCAUGAGGGGGCGCUGUGGUCCAUUGCCCUCUCGCCUGACCAGAGGGGAAUUGUCACUGGAGGUGCUGACAAGACUGUGAAAUUCUGGGAUUUCGAGUUGAUUAAGGACCAUGCGUCUGGGAGUAGCAAGAGGCUGACAGUGAAGCACACACGCACGCUGCAGCUGGAUGAGGAUGUUCUCUGUGUCCGUUACACUCCUGACCAGCGGCUGCUGGCUGUCUCCCUGCUGGACUGCACCGUCAAGGUGUUCUACACUGACACACUGAAGUUCUCUCUGUCACUGUACGGACACAAGCUGCCAGUUCUCUGCAUGGAUAUUUCUCACGACAGCACCCUCAUUGCAACUGGCUCUGCAGACCGCAAUGUCAAAAUUUGGGGUCUAGACUUUGGAGACUGCCAUCGCUCCAUGUUUGCGCAUGACGACAGCGUUAUGUUCCUCCAGUUUGUACCUAAAACCCACCUCUUCUUUACGGCUGGGAAGGACAAGAAGAUCAAGCAGUGGGAUGCAGACAAGUUUCAGCACAUCCAGACAUUAGAGGGCCACCACCGAGAGGUGUGGUGCCUGGCCAUCAGCCCCAGUGGGGACCACCUGGUGUCAUCAUCCCAUGACAAGUCUCUGCGGCUAUGGGAAAGGACCAGGGAGCCUAUUAUCUUGGAGGAAGAGAGAGAGAUGGAGAGAGAAGCCGAGUUUGAAGAAAGCGUGGCAAAAGGGGAGGAGCCAGUGGUUCCUGGUGAGACCACAGGAGAAGCAGGUCCUGCUGGGAAGAAAACCAUGGAGACAGUGAAAGCUGCAGAGCGUAUAAUGGAGGCUUUGGAGCUCUACAGAGAAGAGACCAAGAAUCUAGAGGAUCACCAAGCAGCGUGCCAGGCAGCAGGGAAGCAGUUGCCACCACCUAAGCUGAAUCCCAUCCUCGUGGCCUUUGGAAACACACCUUCACGCCAUGUCCUGGAAACCAUAAAAAAAGUCAAAUCCAGUGAACUGGAAGUGUCCCUUCUGGUGCUGCCAUUCCAGUACAUCCCUGACCUGCUCUCCCUCUUCAAUGGGUUCAUCCAGGAUGGCCUAGAGGUGGAGCUGGUCUGCAGAUGCCUCUUCUUUUUGCUCAGAAUUCACUUUGGCAGGAUAUCCAGCAAUCAGAUGCUGCUGUCAGUUAUUAAUGACCUGAGGACAAACACAGUCUCCAAAGUGCGGGAGAUUAGGGAUGUACUUGGUUUCAACAGCGCUGGGCUACAGUACCUGCAGCAUGAAGUCGAGGCCAGGGAGGAUGUGAUGUUCUUUACAGAUGCCACUGACCGUUUUGAAGAGAAGAGGAGGAAGAGGAAGAAGAGGGAGAGAGCCAUCCUCACCAUUGCAUGAGAUGGACCUCUCAACCUAUGGACCGUACAAACCUCAGUGCAUGUGUGGCUACAUGGGCCUGUUCAGCCUGAGAUCAUGUUAAAGCCUGUCAGUCGUUAGAAUCCAUGAAAAUCAUCCAGAUUUUACAGCAAUAAUUUUAUUAUACAGAAACAGGUAACAUAAUAGCUCAACAGCUGCAUGGAACUCAUCAGGGGUCACUGUCCUCACUAGUGUCAGGUUUUGUGGGUUGGUUGGUUUCUUGUUGCAUUUUGAAAUGUUGAAUUUUUAAAGUCUCAGAGAUUGUAUACGUGCAUAUGGUUCAUAAAACAUUUUUUAAAGUACUGAAAUAAAGCUUGCAUUCCAUUUUGA